GCCCGCUGAUCCCGGCCGAAGUUUGCGGGCGGUUCGCCUCCAGAUCGACGUGGGGCAGGGCUGGGCGCUGCGAACCGGGCCGGGAAGCGCCCUUCCUCGUUAAGUCAAAACAAACACCUCCUCACGGGGUGUGGGAAGAGGGAAACCCUAUUGGAUGUUCUCAGGUAAUUCGAUCCGAAGGUGGAAGUCUGAACCUUCGUCAAACGUGACUCUCAUUCCCUGGUGGAAACUGUUUAAAAGAAGGUUUGUACGUUGUAGACACACAUUAAAGUGUACUGAACUAAGACAGACUUACUGUCAUUCUCAGGAUGCAGUUCCAACCCCGAGAAUCAUGAGAUUUUAGCAACUAAAAGGACAUUUUUAAACUUGAGGAAAACAAAGCUUAACCUGAUUUACCAGCCCAACUAACCAGCUUAAUUAAAGGUUGAUAAGACAAUUCUUUUAAGGUUUAAGACAGUGCUUAUACAAGUGCAUCAGAUUUUGCAGGAGACUGGUAUCUUAUAGCAACUUUCUUGCAAACUGGGCUGCUCUUUUAAUAAUAAUAAAAAACGCUAAUAAAAGCCGGAGAAACUGGCCUGUAAGCCAGUUAAAUAUAGGCUAAUGGUAGAGAAUGUCACUAGAAUUGACAGGUCAGAAAAAGCAAAAUGAUGUGUACUGUUUUCUUACUGCUUUGUCCUAGCACACCUCCACACAAACUACAUUUUAAGCUUUGCCUUAGGUGACAUUUGUGCUAACUCAGAAGCUGUUCAAGUGGUUUUGUAACUUCUCCUGGCUCUCUUCUGUAAACUCAUUUGGACUCUUCCUUUGUGGAUUUAAAAGUGGGGAGAAAAAGCCCCCACCUUUCGAUUGAGUUUUGCUAAUGUGACAGACAGCUCCUACCUGGCCUUUCAGGGGUUUGAACAAUCAAUAUCAAAUUGGAAUGAUCAGACCAGAUCUACCCUGUAUCCAGAGUGUUCCCUUUAUGGGGAAAAGCUUAGGAAAACUACUUUAGAUGCAUUACUGUUGUAGUUCUUUAAAUGGCAUCUAGUUUGGCUUAAAAGAAGAAAAUUGCACAUUGCCAGGCACAUGCUCUCUGUUCCCUUUCUGUGUUUCAUUUUUUCUCCUUAGCACUUAAUGCUAUAAUAUGCCCUAUACUUAUUCACUUCCCCAACCACAGCGUAAGCUCUGUGAGGCCAGGGAUUUUUCUUUUGUUCAUUGCUGUAUCCCUGGCACCCAGAAAGAAGAAUGCCUAGUGGUUUAGUUAAUGUGUUGGCUGUGAUGACUGCCUUUGUUUCUACCAUAACAAACUGAAUGUUAGUGAGAAUUGUUUCUGUUACAUCUCCAUAUUUACCAAGAAGCCAAACCCAUUACCACGGAGUCGAUUCCAACUCAUAGCUACCCUAGGGUUCCCAAGGCUUUAUGGAAGCAGACUCCUAUAUCUUUCUCCUGUGGAACAGCUGGUGGGUUCAAACCAUGACCUUUGGGUAAGCAGCCAAGUGCUUAACCACUGUACCACCAGGGCUCCCUUUUCAUCUCCAUACUAGACAUUCAAUGAUACCUAAUUGAAAAGAACACUGGACUGAGAGUUUGAAGGCCUGCUUUCUGCAUCCAGCUUUUAUUCUUAUUAGCUAUGAGUUGUUGGUAAAUGACUUAAUCUAGACUUGAGUUCACUAGUCUGAUAAAUGAGGGAUAAAAUGUGGCUUCCUCUCGUUUAAUCUUUGACCCAACCUGAAGAUAUAUGUAACAGUGCUUUGCAUACCUGACAGGUCUGUAAACAGGCCUACAAAGAUAGUAGUAUAUCAGUUUAAUUGGAAAAGGUGGAGAAUCAUCCAUUUGGGACUGCAGGGUUAUAUCGAGACUCUUUAGUAAUAUGAAAUAUUGCUUAUUGAUAAUAGCAGUAAUUUAAGUGUAUAAUGAUCAUGAAGAUGGCACAAGACCAGGCAACAUUUUGUUCUGUUACACAGGAGGUAUCCAUGAGUAGGUGCUGACUCAGUGGCAACUAACAACAAGUGUGAAAUAUUACUUAUCAUAGUAACAGAGCAGAAAGGAACUUCAGAUCUCGUUGAGUACGAUCCUGUCACUUUCUGAGUAAGCAAAUGGAGGCUCAGUGAGCAUUGGUGAUUUGUAUUAUGGUAUGAGGUCACUAGUACUUAGUGUUUGAACUAGGAUUAGACUCCAUGUUAAUGACGCCCAGUUUCUACUCUUUUAGCAUACCAAGUUACAGCAUUAAAAAAAUACUUGUAUUUAAAUGUUCUUUGUGUAAACUCUUGCCACUUGCUGGCUCAUCGUAUGUUAUAGUUUAAAUGCUUAUCAAGCACUUUCACAUACUGUCUCAUUUUGAUUUUCAUUCUCAACCAUUUUGUAUAGUGGUAGAUUAUCAUCAGCUGCCUUUGAGUCAACCCUGACCUAUGAUGACCACCCUGUAUGUGUCAGGGUAGAAUUGUGUUGCAUAGGGUUUUCAAUGGCUAACUUUUUGGAAGAAGAUUGCUAAGCCUUUCUUCUGAAGUGUCUCUGGGUGGACUCGAACCUCCAACCUCUUGAUUAGCAGCCACCGGGUUAACUGUACCAUCCAGGGACUCGAGUAGUAGGUAGGGCAGAUAUAGUUGACGUUUUACUGAUAAACUUAAAUAUACAAUCACUCAUUAUAUGUUUAAUUUUUUUUUUCAGUGACUUUUUUAUUUCACUUUUGAAGUGGUAAAAUGUUCUUGGGGUUCCUUUAAAAUGAUCGGUUUCAAGGCUACUUCAAAGUAUUUCACUGAUCCGUAUAACUUCUUGGAAACACUGUUUAGUAAGGUUCUUUUUUUUUUGUAGGUACUUUUUUCUUUAUUUGUAUUAUGCUUUAAUACAAAGUUAAAGCUAUAAAGCUAUGGUCAAAUUAACCUUGUAAGAUAAACAACACUUAAAAUAGUGAUUUUUUAAUUGUGGUAAAAAUAUAUAUAACAAAACACUUGCCAUUUCAACAUUUUUUACGUGUUCCAUUCAGUGAUGUUAAUUACAUUCAUCAUGUUGUGCGAUCAUCACGCUGCCUCCAUAUUUCUUCAUCACCCUUCAUAGAAACUCAAUGCCCCUUAAGCAGUAACUCCCCACUGGUAACCACUAAUAAAUUUUGGUCUCUGUACAUUUGCCUGUUCUACAAAUUGCAUGUAAGUGGUAUCAUACAAUAUUUGUCCUUUUGUGUCUGACUUAUUUCACUCAGCAUAAUGUUUUCAAGGUUCAUGCAUAUUGUAGAAUGUAUCAGAGCUUCAUUUCUCUUUAUGACUGAGUAAUAUUCCAUUUUACAUAUGUACCAUAUUUUGUUUAUUCAUUCGUCUGUUGAUGGACAGUUAGGUGGUUUCCACGUUUUGACUGUUGUGAAUAGUGCUGCAGUGGACAUUGAUGCACAAAUAUCCAUUUGCAUUACUGCUUUCAAGUCUUUAAGGAUAUACCUAGGAGUGGAUUUGCUGGGUCGUAGGAUAUUUUUGUUUAACUUUUGAGGAACUGCCAAACUGUUUUCCACAGCAGCUGUACCAUUUUACAGUCCCACCAGCAAUGGAUAAAGGUUCCAAUAGUUCAGUAAUUUUUUAUGUCAAUAAUAUUGGGCUUUAUAAUGUAUCUGUUUUGUUUGAAAGGAACUUUUAAGAUUUAUAUUAAAACAAAAUGAAUUUGUACGCUCUAGAAGUUAAUAUCUCUUAUCUUCCCCUUUUGAUGCUUAAGCACUCAGGUCUGAUGUCAUUAAUGUAUGAAUUGAGUGUUCGAAAGUUUGUAAUCUCUGAAGUUUUAUAAAAAUCUGAGCUUUGUUUCUUUAGUUAGCCUAGUUUUAAUAACUGUCUCAAAUGGUCUAAAGUCAUAUGGCUUAGAAGCCGUGCUAUGUAGUGCUUCCUGUAUGCUCGACCAAAAGGAGCCAAGCCAACUUUGUCACGGUAGGAGUUAUCAAGCAAUUUAUUUGGCAUACUUUCUCACUUAAUACAGAAAAGUCAUUUAAGCUAAUAUACUGGUUUAAUCUCUUCCUGUGCAUUAUCUUUGGUUUAGCAUUUGUUUUUCGCCCUGAUAGUCUUGGCAAUCAUACCACAUUAGAAAGAUUUUAAAUAUGAAAGGAAAAAGCCAGAAACCUUCUGCAACAAAACCCUACUGGUAACCUGAAAAAAAGUCUGACAUUUCUGGGUUAUGUAGAGUAUGUGUCAUGCCCUUAGGAUAUGGAUGCUACCGGAAGGCAGACGGGGCCCUCUGUAAUCUCAUUCAGCUCAGUAAGUGGGAUGCUACCUUCCCAGAAUGCCCUUCUCCCAGCUUUUCCCCAUACUGAUUCCUGGGUGACAUUUUUACAUUUUUUUUUAGGGGGGUGGGGGGCGGAGGGAUAAAUCUAAAGGUAGCUGACAAAAUUUAAGACUGGUAAAAUGAAAUUUAUAGAUACAAUGACAGUCUCUCCUUUCUCAGCAACCUUAAGACCUUCUGGGAAAAGUUCCCUGUGGCUGAUGGGAAGUUUCUCUUUCUUUUGAAUAUUGCAAAGUCUGAUUUCCUUCAUGUCUGAGGCUGUUCUGGUUCUGGCACAAUCCUGUUGAUCUGAUGUGGAGUUCAGACCCUUUUUUCCCAUGAGCUGUGGUUUUGGGGAGUGAUGUAUGUGAAAAGGAUUUGAAAAUGAAUUGCUGUGUGUUUCUCCGUUGACAACAUAAUGCCUCUGUACAAGUUCCCGGACCUGUGUUCACUUUUGAGAAUUUAGGUUUUUCUAGGGAUGUCUUAGAAGGUUAGUUUGUUUAGCUUUCAGUCCUGGAGAGUAAAGGAAAGAAAGGUUCUCAAGAUUUUUGGAUCCCAAUAAGUUAGGGGGAAAAAAAAAAAAAAACUGUUGCCUUUGAGUCAUUUCCCACUUGUAGUGACCCUAUAGGACAGAGAACUGGCCCAUAGGGUUUCCAAGGAACAGCUGUUGGAUUUGAACUGCUGAGCUCUUGGUCAGCAGCCAAAGCUCUUAACCCCUGCACCACCAGCGCUUCUGAUGAGUCAGACAGCAAUGUAAAUGGCAAUUUUUUUCUUAUUUGUUGAAUGCAACCUGGUCUAAUGAGGAUGGAGUGGAGACAGUGAGCUUAGAGUCUAGCCUAGGUCAUUAUGGACAACUUUUCUGGGACUUUGUUUCCUCACCUGUUAAGUAAGGUUGGUUGGGCUACAUGAACAACAAAGCUCCCUUUUCGCCCUGGUGGUGCAAUGGUUAAGUGCUUGACUGCUAACCAAAAGGAAGUUUGGCACUUCGAACCCACCGGUGCCUGGCCAAUCUGUAAAGAUUAUAGCCUAGGAAAAUUUGUAGGCAGUUGUGCUCUGGCCUAUAGGGUCGCCAUAAGUUACAGUUGACUCUACUGUUUUGUGCUUUGUGUGUAAAUAUUGUGGAGGGUUGACGAUCUGCUUCUGUCCUUAUAGCUUUAUUGCAUCGUUUGAAGCUUUGUGGUACUGCAGUGUUCAAGCAUUCCCUCUUCCGUGUCGUACAGGCCUUGGUUGGCUGUUCUGGUGCAUAAAUCUAGCCUGGUAGACUUGUGUUGUAACAAGCAUUUAUUUAAUGCUGUUAAUCUGGGUAUACUUUAAGAUCUAAUUAUUGAUGAGCCUGUAUUGCCAUCUAAAUCUAAAAUUGACUCAUAGAUGAUGCUGAUGAAACUGCUUAAGAAGACUAAUUAAUAUACCGUCACAGCCAGCAUUACUCUCGCCGCACACCUUGGCGGCCGUUACUGCCAGGUGUGCACUGUUAAUGCGCAGAACAGUCACAUAGCAGAUAUCUUACGAUUGUUGUAAGUACCAAAUGUCGAAUGAUGAGAUGGAUAGUCGAUAAGUGAGGAGUAGGUGUAUUUCAGGUGCUGUUGCUGAACAUACAAAGUCCUGCCAUCAGAUUGGAUUGGAACUUGUUACUUGGCUUGUGCACUGCCUCGUAUUUAAUUUUAUUCAAAACUCUUAUCAGGGAGAAUUAGAAAUGUGAAAAAGAUUAAGAUCUAUAGUGACUAAAAACAGGCCAUCAAACUACUAACUGAAUAACAAUCAGAUGAAGAUCCAUUCACUAAAGGAGUGUUGACUGUUCUACAGCAACAUUGGUCUCCACAGUUUCUGGACUUGGUUCAGCCUCAGUGGGAAGAAUUUUUUUAAGAUUGCUCAUGGUGCUGGAAAAGGUGGCUCUACAAUUAAAUAGCUCUGCGGAAACCCUGGCGGUGUAGUGGUUAAGAGCUAUGGCUGCUAACCAAAAGAUCGGCAGUUCAAAUCCACCAGGCCCUCCUUGGAAACCGUAUGGAGCAGUUCUGCUCUGUCCUAUAGGGUCGACUAGAUGGCAACAGGUUUGUUGUUUUGUUUUGUUUUUUUGGUUAAUAAUCUAGGUGGUGCUAUAUCCUCUCUACUGAAAUAACACAGAUAAAGAUGAUGACACUACGAAAGAAAUUAGCUCUUGAUCAUUUACUUGCUUCCCAAGGAGGAAUUUGUGCUUUGAUAAGAGAAAAUUAUUGUGUGUGUUUCAGUGACACCCAAGCAGUAGCUCAUGCUGGAGAUGCUGACACUCCGCUUGCAUCUUCCUGGGAUUUAUUUUUGUGGUUAGGAAAUUUGGGCUCGUGGGUCAGACAAGCCUUCAAACCGUUGGCUUGUACGUUCUCCUCAUUUUCAUCCUUGGUUUCAUUAUCAAGCUAACCUGCAUGGCAUCUGAGGUCUUAAAAGCUUGCGAACAGCCACGUGAGGUACAGCAAACAGUCUCCAUCUGACUGGAGGAACAUUGAAGAGAAGAAGCUAAGGAGCCAGCAGAAAUAACAUUUAUUUCACAAAAAGAGUACCCCAUAAAGCGGAAUCUGUGAGACCGAAAAAAACCUAGAUUGGUGCCUGGCCAAUGCUUAGUGAUCAUAGAUUCUAAUUGAACCACAAUCAAAAGGGAGUAGGAAUCAACUUUGUAUUAAAAAUAAAUAUUUUACUUUUAUUUCAAGAAACUGGUGGCAUAGUGGUUAAGAGCUACAGCGGCUAACCAAAAGGUUGGCAGUUCAAAUCCACCAGGUGCUCCUUGGAAACCCAAUGGGGCAGGUCUACUGUGUUCUAUAGGAUCGCUAAGAGUAGGAAUUGACUCGAUGGCAGUGGUUUUUUGGGUUUGGUGAGCUUAAAAUUUCCUGACCCAGAAUUAAUCUGCCAGGGUCUUUUGUUUUUCUCUCUCACCCAGAGUUGGUAACUGACUUUUCUGCCCUGUUCUAAGAGCAGGCCAUAACAAAACCAUUAACCUGUGAUUAAAUUAUAAAGAAUUGGGCUUCUUUCAUUUGAAUUUCUGGAGUUGUCAGUACUAUAGGUGGGUGGAAGGCCAAAUCUUUCAGAAGUUACCUUUUUAAUAUUAACUCAGAGGCCAUUAGGUAUUUCAUCACCAUGGAAACCCAUAUUCUUUAAGCAAAAGUUAUUUAAGUCUCUGUAAAUUCUUCAUUCUCUGGAAACAAUCUCCUCUUGUAUAAGGGACUGUUCCCCCAAUUUGCAAAUUGUUUAUUAAAUCAUACAGCAAAAAAAAAAAAAAGACUAAUAUGAUCUCUGUAGGAAGUCCAAGUUUCAUAGGAACAUAGAAAUUGUUAUUAUCCUUUCCUGGAAUACCAGAAAUUUGUCCUGGAGUUUAAUGUCGUGUGAACACUGUGGUCCAUUAGUAUAGUCUACUUUUCCUUUUUAUUGUGCUUUAAGUGAAAGUUUACAGUUCAAGUUAGUUUCUCAUACAAAAGUUUAUACUCACAUUGUUAUGUGACCCUAGCUGCUGUCCCUGUAAUGUGACAGUACACUCUUUCUUUCCAUGCUUUGUUUCCUGUGUCCAUUCAUCCAGCUCCUGUCCCUUUCUGCCUUCUCAUCUCACCUCCAGACAGGAGCUGCCCAUUUUUAGUCUCAUGUAUCUACUUGAGCUAAGAAGCACACACUUCAAAAGUAUCAUUUUAUGUCUUAUAGUGCAGUCUCAUCUUUGUCUGAAGAGUUGGCUUUGGGAAUGCUUUCAGUUUUCGGCUGACAGAGAGUCUGGGAGCCAUGUCCUCUGGGGUCCCUCCAGUGUCAGUCACACCAUUAAGUCUGGUCUUUUUUCCAGAAUUUGAGUUCUGCACCACAUUUUUUUCCUGCUCCGUCAGGGAUAUUGUCUACUUUUCUUGAUUAAUUUUUGUGAAUACCUGAACAGCCUUAUAUAUCACGCUCUUUGCUUCCAGUGCUGAGAAUAUGCACCUGAGACAGCGGCAUCCACUGAGUUCCCUGGUAAUGAUGAAAACUUUGUUCUGUAAAGUGCUUCCCUAGAACAAAGAGAUCCUCAGAGUAAUUCUCAGUUAAUAGUGUUUUGCUUUUCUAUCAUUCACAUGUGCUAUGAGUAUGUAGUUAUCUAUGAUAGAGCAGCUCCUGAAUGUUUGUCAGAGGAUUUUGAAUGGUGAUUGUAGCCUGUUUGGUUUCUUAGUGUUCAGCGGUUCAGUCAUACACUCCUGGGUUCUGAGUCUCUUACUGAGUCCUUGAGCACUCUUGUCAUCAACUUGACCAUAGUUGUCUGUCAUACUCUGAUGGCAAUGGGAAAUAAGUGGGGUCUGAAUAUCUUUUUUAAUAGAUCUAAGCCUUGUUUGUUCUUAUCCAUCUACUACAAGGCGUCCCUAACGACUGCUUAGAGAUGAAAUCUGUCCUGAAGAUCUUAUAGUCAGAUGGUUUAAAAUGAUUUUUUUUAAGUAUUUGAUUAAACCUUGUUCUUACGUAAGUUUUUCAAAAGUGAUGCUAAAGUAUGUUCAGUUUCAGAAGAUCAAAGAAGUAUUUUGCCUGGGCUUCUAAGGCAACAAAGCACUUCUAAAUUUGAGCUCUAGUUAAGAGUUCUCAUUUCAGCUUAAAGAUGUUUAUUUAUACAAGACAGUGAUUGCCGCAGUGCUCUAAUUCUGAAGAGGUUUUUGGAAAGUUUCAAAAGAUGAAAGAAAUCAAUAAAAUUCUUGUUAGAUUAGUGAACCUAACAUAAAAGGAAGUGUUGGGUAUUUACAUUUAUUAUAGAACUCUCCUAAAGAUUGUUACUUUGAGUAUAGGUAUUAUUAAGAAGUAAAACCUAGCUCAAAUGACUAUCAUUUGUCUACUUAAGUUUUUAUCCUUUUACUCCUUUGACACCUACUUGUUAUAAUUUGUGUUUUCCCCCCUUAAGUUCUCUUCAGUGUUCUUAAAGUAAUCUUUAUUAUAUAAUAUAGAGAUUGAAGUAAGGUGUUUUUUCACAUAGAAAUGCUGGCUCCUUUGGAUUUAAGUUUAGAUAAUAUAGGCUAAGCAUUCAGAAUACAAAGCCAUCUUUCCGUUGUUUAAAGAGUUAAUCAAUUCUUCUCAUGAUGUCAAAGCAGGGCUUAAAAUCCAUAAAGAAAACAUAAUUAGGACAAAUAAGGAGUCAUGUGGCUUAUGAAUCCCAGGCAGUAAGUCUUUGGGGAGCUGCAUCAUCACUCUGAAGGGUACAAGGAUGUCAUUUUGUAUACUAAGGAUGUAAUAUUUUAAAGAAUAACUUGUAAGUUAGAAUUCUAGGCUAAGAAUGGGGAUGUAGGGGUGUUGGGUAUGACAAAUGGCAGCUAUGGUUGCAACGUAGAAUUUGAGGGCUUCUUGUGAGUUCUCUGCCUCCUAAGACACUGAGUCCAAAGAAGGAACGGAAUCAAAGACUCGUAAAAAGGCAGCUGUAAGCCUAUGAAGGCUAAAGUUUGUGUGCCAUCCAAAUACCCCUUGAUCAUCAUUAAGAGUUCUUGACCUCUGUGGCUCAGGAGGUGGGAGAGUUCCAUCAACUCCCUAAGUUCUUACUGCCAAAGGCUGACUUAGACUGUUUGGAUGACGGUCUCACGUUUGCUGCUCUGUUCCUCUGUCAGAAUAAAUGGGGGAAUGCCCUCACUUGCCGCAAGAUUAUUAUAGUAAUAGUAUGAAAUAUUCAUGUGUAGCCCUUUGUCAUUUACUAUUUUGCUGAAGGAAUUUGCUUUUUUCUUUUGUUCUAAGAAAUUAGAACAAUGGGAUGUUUACAGGAAGUAAAAUCUUGGGGAAAAAACAAAGUUAGUCUCCAAACAAUGAAACUUUGAGAGAGUAAAUGUAUAUUAUAAGUGGAAGAUGGGAGGGACUAGGUUUAAAUAAAUAGACUGUUAAAUAACGGAAUAUAUAUACCAAUACCAAUGAAAUAUUCUUUUUUUUUUUUUUAGAAUUAAUGUGUUAAUAGGUAUAGAGCUUAAAUGUAUAUUUUUUGCACAUAGGUGUUUUGUGGUGUCUGGAUUCUAUCAACUACAAAGUAUUUAUCUUUUUAGAAACAAUUUUAAAGACCAUGUGAUGCUUGUGGUUUUUAUGUUAAUAUGGUAGGCUCAAUAGAAAUAAUUUUAAAGUCAUAUUAGCACUUACCAGUAACCAGUCGCCUAUGUCUGUGAAUAACUGUAUAUUCGUUAGUAUUAUCGAGCUCAAAAUAUUUUCAUGUUUUUGUCAUGUAAAUUAAGUCUUUCAGUCCCUAACUUGGAGGAUACUGUGAGGUCAGCGUGAGUCUCUUCUAACACGUAGAUUGCAUUCACAAGAAGUAACCAGAAGUUUGAGUAAAAUGGGAUUUUGAAGACCAAUGAGAAUCCUUAGAAAGAAGGUCACUGAUAAUUGUGUUUUCCAUUCUCUUCUCCUUGCCAUAGCCCACCUUCUACUCCAUGGAUGGAAUUGCAGGCCAGCAGGAUCCGUUGUCUUCUUGUAUAGUCUUCCAUUUGGACAAAGUUAAACUAUAACCCUCCAAAAGAUGAUGGAUCAACUUAUAAGAUUGAACUUGAAGGGAUAUCGGUAAUGGUUAUGAAAGAGAUCCUGGAUUACAUCUUCAGUGGGCAGAUCAGGCUAAGUGAAGACACAAUCCAAGAUGUUGUACAGGCGGCUGAUCUGCUACUGCUAACAGACCUUAAAACUCUGUGCUGUGAGUUUUUAGAAGGUUGUAUUGCUGCUGAGAACUGUAUCGGCAUCCGUGACUUUGCACUACAUUACUGCCUGCACCAUGUACAUUACCUUGCUACAGAAUACCUGGAAACUCACUUCCGCGAUGUCAGUAGCACAGAAGAAUUCCUAGAACUGAGUCCUCAAAAGCUUAAAGAAGUAAUUUCUCUAGAGAAGUUAAAUGUUGGCAAUGAAAGAUACGUAUUUGAAGCAGUCAUUCGGUGGAUAGCACAUGAUACAGAAAUAAGAAAGGUCCACAUGAAGGAUGUUAUGUCAGCACUAUGGGUUUCAGGGUUAGACUCCAGUUAUUUACGGGAACAGAUGCUGAAUGAACCGUUAGUACGAGAAAUUGUCAAAGAGUGUAGCAAUAUACCACUCAGCCAGCCACAGCAAGGAGAGGCAAUGCUAGCAAAUUUCAAACCGCGGGGUUACUCUGAAUGUAUUGUGACUGUUGGUGGAGAAGAAAGAGUUUCACGGAAACCAACAGCAGCGAUGCGAUGUAUGUGCCCUCUUUAUGACCCUAAUAGGCAGCUUUGGAUUGAACUGGCCCCUUUAAGCAUGCCAAGAAUUAACCAUGGAGUUCUCUCAGCAGAAGGAUUUUUGUUUGUAUUCGGGGGCCAAGAUGAAAAUAAGCAGACACUGAGCUCAGGAGAAAAGUAUGAUCCAGAUUUAAAUACAUGGUCUGCAUUGCCACCAAUGAAUGAGGCAAGACAUAACUUUGGAAUUGUGGAGAUAGAUGGGAUGCUGUACAUUUUGGGAGGAGAGGAUGGUGAAAAGGAGCUAAUUUCCAUGGAGUGUUAUGAUAUUUAUUCUAAGACCUGGACAAAGCAACCUGAUUUGACCAUGGUUAGAAAGAUUGGCUGCUAUGCAGCUAUGAAAAAGAAAAUCUAUGCCAUGGGAGGAGGGUCAUAUGGAAAACUGUUUGAGUCUGUGGAAUGCUAUGAUCCAAGGACCCAGCAAUGGACAGCUAUUUGUCCUCUAAAGGAGAGGAGGUUUGGAGCAGUAGCUUGUGGAGUUGCCAUGGAACUCUAUGUAUUUGGGGGAGUGAGAAGUCGUGAGGACAUGCAGGGUGGUGAGAUGGUAACUUGCAAGUCUGAAUUCUACCAUGAUGAGUUUAAAAGGUGGAUAUACCUUAAUGACCAGAAUUUAUGCAUCCCUGCCAGCUCCUCAUUUGUUUAUGGAGCUGUGCCCAUAGGAGCUAGUAUUUAUGUUAUCGGAGAUCUCGAUACAGGUACCAAUUAUGACUACGUGCGUGAGUUUAAAAGAAGCACAGGAACCUGGCACCACACAAAACCACUGCUUCCCUCUGACCUUCGUCGCACCGGUUGUGCAGCCUUACGUAUUGCAAAUUGCAAGCUGUUCCGCCUGCAGCUUCAGCAAGGCUUAUUCCGUAUUCGUGUUCAUUCACCUUGAAGAGGAAGCAGAGCAGAAACAGAGAUCCUGACCCAAGUCCACCAUAACAUAGCUUUAUGUCGGGGAGAACAGCGAGAGCGGGUGAGAUGGGCUCUGUGUGUUGUGCUUUGGUAUGGUAACUCUUUGGUAGUUUGAUAAUGCUUAAAAGCUUGAGCUUCAGCUCUUGUUUGGGAGAAUACAUAACUGUUGAACAACUGCCUAGGAGGAAUGAGUUCCUCCAAUUAGAUGUGUUCAUGGACAAAUGGAGGCUGGGAAAUGUCAAAAGGAAAAGGGAAGUAGAAAUUUGUAUAAUGUAAAAUAUUGAAAUCAAGAUACUAAGGUGCAUUUUCCCUGAAGGGAACUUAUAUCUGACUGACUGCUGUGUUCAAGUACAUGGCUUUGGUAUACAAAAAAUUCACAUAUGCAAAUCAACAUAUCCAAACAUACCAAGAUUGCUUUUCUACUGCACUUGGAGUAUUAGGCCUAGUCCUGCCCAACAAAUUAAGGUGUGUGCCUAAAACAUUAGAUUGGACUAUAUGCCAGUUAGUCUCCAUUUAUUACUAGUACUCGUCCUGAGAAUGUUUUUUAAACUAUAUUAUGAUGAAUUGAAACUAAGAUAACAUUUUCUUUUAUAACAUUCUAUCUUAGUGACCUAAGGAUUCGAUAAAUUAUUAAGUCAGGUUGCAGCCCUCACGUGAACUUUAAGGAAGCUGCCUGUGUUCAUUUAGAUUAAGAUGCAUUCCGCCGUGAUUUCUGGGGUAGUACUUUUGGAGUUGUGAAGGAUCUCUAGCAGGGCCAUUCUUCCUUUUCAAUUAAUCAAAACCAUUUUAUACGUAUGAGGAUAUUUAGCAAGUAGGAAGUUUUAUAAAGGAAAGACGCGAGUCAGGCAAAUAAUAAAAGUCUGCUUUGACUUUAAAAAACUGUCCAGACAAAAUAUAUGGGGAUCAAAAACGUUUUAAUAUGAUCUGUCUGAAAGCACACAGAGUCUUGUUUACUGCUGUUUCAGGUUUGAAAACUUGUCUUAGAAUGCAAAUCUGUGUUAAAAACCUAGUCUUUACAGUCAAUUUUCCCAAAGCUGUUUACUAGUAAGAGUUUUAGACACAUUAUGUUACAAGUAAAGUUUGGCUGGUAGAAUACACUACCUCAACUUAAUUUCAUUUUGUUCCUAGUAGACCAAAUUGAUCUUUUCCUUCUCCCCCCUCUUUUUCUGCCCUUUCCUCCUACCUUAACCCACUCUACCCUACAUCCCAUUGGGAAAAACAAAAGCCUUUUGUUAGUAGAAUUUAUUUUUAAUAAAUAUCUUAAUACUUAUUAUUAAGAUAUUCUGUUUUCCAUUCAAACGAUACCAUCUUAGUGUGAAAUCAUGGCCUUCAAAGUGCUUGAUUAUCAUUUGAAUUUUACGCAAUAUCAAAUUUCUAAUCAAUUUAAUAUAUAAUACUUCAUUUUUUAUUGUUUUCUACGGCUUUUUUUCUCUUAGACUAUGGCUGUCAAAAACAAAACCCAGUGCCAUCGAUUCUGACUCAUAGCUGCAUUUUGUCUUAAUGAUUAGUAAAUGUGUAAGUGUAUCCUUUGGCUGUAAAUUAAAGAAUGGGAAAUCCUUCUAGAAGCUUCCUCUAUGGAAUCUUUAUAUGCUGUUACCACGCAUAUGAAGCAUCCCUUAUGGUCUCAUACCCAUGAAUAGGAAAACGGGUGACCUAUCUGCAAUAUUUUUUUUUCUUAUACCUGUUGGAGGUCACUGCGAUUCUACAAAGGUUGCUGAAAGAGGCCGUGGGGUCCCACAGAAUGUUGUGUGUGGCCAGAGGAUACUGGGUAAGAGAAGUUAUGAGGUUUUUGUUAUAUACCCGUGCCACACGUUUGCCACACAUUCAUGGAAUAUAAUCAAAUUUGAUAUUUAAAUCAAAGCCAGUUUUUUUCCGUUUUUAUCCUGUACCCGUCAGCUAUUUUCUGCACAUUUUCCCAAUGACACUUUGGGUAUCCUUUAAUCAAAGCAAGCUACUUAGCCACUGCAAAGAAAAAAAAAAUUAUUUUUACAAUUAGGGAUUAGUUUUAGAGGAAACAAAUUGCUCAAAAAGUGAACUUUCCCUGGUGAAAUAUCCUGUGCAGGACAGACCUUGGCAUUACGAGACCGUAGUUGAGGUACAUUAAAAAUAGUGACUGAUAUUUUGCUAAAGCCAUGAGAGUCAGCAGUUCUCUUUUUUAAUUUCUGAAAAAUUCUUUCCAAUCUCUGCUAGGCCCCUCAAAGGAGACUCUUCAUUGUUUUGGAGUGAAUGGGUUCCUAAUGCAAUAUUCUCAGUGCCUACAUGAUUUAGUUAGUUUGUUUUAUAAAAAUAAUUCUUUUUUUUUUUUUUAGUUCAUUGACACUGUAGCUACAGAAAUUAGAUAAUGUUUUAUAAAAUAAAUUUGCCACAUAAUAGGGAUGCAAUAACCAACAAAAGCUGCUAAGUGCCAAACUUAUUUUACUAUAUAAUAUAGAAAUAUAAAAAUAUUGUUUUGAAGUAUAGGGCUGUAUUUAAUUAAUUAUGUUCCAAAAAUCAAUUAUGAUUUUUUUGGUAAAUUACACUUAUUUCAGUAUUCUGAAAUAAAUUUUAGCUCAUUUCAUGCAGGUUUGUGUUUUAACAUUCCACUUAUGCCUUGAAACAUCAUUUCUUACUAACAUUUUUGAUACUUCUUUCUCUGCAAGGUACUUUUACCUGGUAUAAAUUGGAAUUGGCAGCUGAUGAUAGGUCUUUAAAUUUUUAAAUAUAAAUAUCUUUGGGGAAAGUGCAAUUGAUUUUCAUUAUCUCACCAACAGAAGGAAAAUUGUCUCAGGUUAAAGUAAGUGAAUUUUUAAAAUUCUCCCUAGGCUAUAGUCUAAAGUAGGUUUGUUUGUUUGUUUAAUACAUCCAAAUAUAGAUUUUUUUCAAAAAUUUUAUUAAUUUAAAAUGAAGUUUUUUUUUUUGUUUAUUUGUUUUUGAUAGUACUUAUCACCUGUGAGAGGAAAAAGUGUGAGAGAGACUGAGAGUGAUGAGUGUGUGAGUGAAUGAGUGUGUGUGUGUGUUCUGUGACUUGGUAGGUCUGUUUGUAUAUAUUUACUUUUUGAAUUGUGGCUCCGCACUACACAUGUAUCUGUCUCCUGGUGCUUCAGAUAAAUUCUUGAGCCUGCUAACCUUCAGUUUAUACUGCUGUGUUAAACUCAUGUUCAGUGUAAAUACUGAAAUAUUUGUAGUAAGUUUUACUUGGCGUUUGCAUUUCUCAUCUGUAGUAGGAUUUUUAAAAAAUCAGUGUUUACCAACUGAUAGUUAGUAUGCUACAAAGAUUUGGCCUAAGAAAUUUCCAAAUUCACAUUUAGCUUAGUAUUACAUUGCUGUGAGGAGCUGAUAGCUAACAGUAAGCUUUUUUCCAAACUGUGUAGCAACUAAAAAAGAAUAUCUGGGGUAUGUUGGACAGUCUGUUGUUUGUAUUGAACUCUUGUAGUGCGCUACCACUUUAAUGAUGGUACUUUCUUCAUUGUUGGUUUGAAAGUGCCAUUUUUAUAAUUUGUAAGUUGAGGGGGCUUUCCCAGGCAGUGUAUAGGUAAUAAGUUCUCUGUAUUGACAUGGCAAAGAUAGGGCUCUCUACUCUAUUGUAGCACCUGAGUUACUCUGGUAGUAAGUUAGGUUUUUAGAGAAAUGUGUUAACUACCUUGGUCCAUUGGGUUCCAUAUGGUGCAUUCCUUUUUCAUUGUACCAAACCAUUGAUCCCAGAAAAAUUUCCAAGGAGUGCUAAAAACACUGCAGUAGUGCUUUCUGGAAUUUUGGCUUCCUUGAUAAAAGAGAAAGCCUCCUGAGAUCAAAUGAUGACAUCUGGUUAGCUGGGCAGAGAACGAAGUGGCGCUUUCAUUGUGUCAGUUUCCUGAUGGAAGGGAAAGGUGAGACUGCUCUUUUUGGGUAGCGGCCCCUUGAGCUGUGGGGAGCAGUGGGACGCGGUGCGAAAAGGAACUGUUGGGUGCAGCAAAGUCUGCCCCGGCUCUUCUGCAGUGUUUAUCAUGCACCCACUAUGUGGGACUUCUGGGGGAACCGAACCAUGAGGAAGAUGGAAAAAUACUGCCCUCCCUCUCUAGAUUGUAAACUCCUUGUGUGCAAGGACUAUCUUAGUUAUUUGCUAAUCUCAAUGCUUGGCACAUAGUAGGUAAUCAAUAAGUGUUUGAUGAAUGAAUAUAUUAUGUUUGUGAUCAAAGUGAUAUUCUUCAGUGGAUUAAAAAGUACUCUCCAAGAGUGACUUGUUUUAUGGAUUUUAAAUGAGAAAUUGUGUAUACAGGUGGUCUGGCCUCAUAAUAUAGAGUGGGAAAAUAGUAUAGAAUAAUAAGUACAAAGUGCAUGAUGUAUAUGAUGUACAACCCUGUGGUCUCUGUAUGCCCUAUAGGAUUUUUAAGAACCUAUACUCAGCACACCUAAUGAUGUUUAUCACCUUUCAUAUUGGGUUUUAUCUUCUGCUUUUUAUAUGGGGCUCAAAAUCUUUUCCAGGAUGUAUUGCUCUGAUCCUCCCAUCUCUGUGAUUGGCGGGGGUACUGUCCCCAUUGACAGAGUAGCCUUUGAGGCCAAGGUCAAUGAUUGGAUUUCUCACCUUGGGUGUGAGUAUAAACCAAAAGCCACGUCCAAGUCUUUGGAUCAUCGGCUCACUGUUCAGCCUGUUAGACUGUAACUUAAGUUUCUAGGCAGACAAGUAUUUUCUUUUUAAUCAUAAAAUAAUCAUUUGUAGUAUAAUUUAAGCAUCCAAAAUAUCCAUUGCAAGUUACACAAAUAUAAAAAAGAGCUUUGGCUUUCUUUGUCAGUUAGCUAUAGGGAACUUAAUACUUUCUUAAAGUCAUUAGAAGGACAAAAGUAAAUGUGUGUGAGAGAAAGUGUUUUUACUUUUAAAGAGCUGAAGCUUCCUUUCUACUCUUCUUCCUUACCUCCUAUAACCAGUGAAGAAGAAGAAACUGUCUUGGAAUGUCAAAGAGGUUGUUUUGCUAGCUUUCUAACAAUCCCAGUAGUAUUCUUUACAGUUGGUUCAGACAUUAUGGAAACUUAUGGUAAGGGAAUGACCCACGUGUUCAUAUUUAAGAAGAACUCAGGUGAAUGUUUGCCAUGCUAGCUGGCAGUGAAAUCUCAAUAACGUUGAACCAUCUUUUCCAUAUUUUUUGGUGAGCUGGCUGGUGAAACUUUUGAAAGUUGUGUUUUUCAGGAGUAAUUAUAUUAUUAUUUAAAUUUUAAACAUAUUUCAGCCUUUAUCUCAUUGUAAUAGUUCCACUUAUACAAUGUAUUAGAAGCUCAAUUAUGAUCCUAAAUUCUUUGGUCUAAUGCAUACAAUUUAGGAAAGUCAGUUCCUUUUCAAUUCUAUCAUAAAGUUCUCAAGUGAUUAGAUUUUUAAACUCAUUGCUUUUCUCGUGAAAUGAAAAAUCAAAACUAUAUUGCAUAAUUAUUUAGUGAGAAAUGGCUUUUUAAUAUUUUUUAUUUUGUGCUUUAACCUACUCUUAUUAAAUUGCUACUGAACUGAAAUUUGGGCUAAAUUAUGCUUUUUUAUAUUGAUUUUCUCAUGGCCUGACAAAGUUGUUGAUCUUCCUUUACUACAAACAUUAUAACCAAACUGCUAGACUAAAUUCUGAGAUCACUGACAUUGGAAUUAGAGAAGGUUCAGGAAGGAAGGGGGUGUUACCCCCCAAGGACCCGGCACACCCUGCCUAAGAUGAGGUGGGAAGGAUGAGCCAGUUAAUGUGAUCCGUGUAAACAAAUGGCCUCUUCAGAAUCAUUCAAAUCCCAAGUAAAUGUUUGUAGGUUCAUCUUUCUUUCUGUUUGGGGAGUUAUAUUUAUUUAUUUUUUAGGGCCUUAUUUCAGUACAAUUAGUAGGUCUUAAAGUACCUUAUUUUGUUCUUGCUCAUCAGUUACAGAUAAUGUGUACCUUAGAACCUUGAAUUAAACGUUUUAAAGUCACACCAACGAGCUUGGUUUCAGUAGGACUGUAUGCAGCUUGCUUCAUCAUGCUUCCUGUUUAAUUGGAUGAGAACUACAUGCGUUUAUUCCCUUGUUCUUUGUGUUUAUAGGAAAAACUCUGUUCUCAGCUACCUCAUUAUGUAGUGCUGUGUUUGAUCCCCUGCCAACUUAGAAGAAAUCAACACAUUCUGUCCUUUGACAAAAGCCUGGAAGCAAGCAAUAAGCGGCCUUGAGGAAUACAAUUCUCUAAGGCGUUAUUUUCCAUUUUGCUACUUUUUUUUUUGUUUGUUUGUUUUAAAUAGGCACUUUUAAUCAGGAGGAACAAUAAUUCUCCUAGAGCCUGCUGCAAAGUGAUUACUUGAAACUCAACUUGAACUUUAAAGAGUCUUUAACUGACUGUGUUUCCAAAACCUGGAAAAGUAGUGUAUUUAAACACAACUGCUGUGUAAAAUAGAGGGCUUAGUUUCCAUUCUUGCUGAAAUCAGACAGGAAAAGUUGUCUUUCUGUAAUUUGACCCAGUGUUUGGAAUUUAGAUGCCUGGGGCUGCUAGGGAAACCCUGGUGGCAUAGUGGUUAAGUGCUACGGCUGCUAACCAAAGGGUCGGCAGUUCAAAUCCACCAGGUGCUCCUUGGAAACUAUGGGGCAGUUCUACUCUGUCCUAUAGGGUUGCUAUGAGUCGGAAUCGACUCAACGGCACUGGGUUUUUUGGUUUGGUGGGGCUACUAGUUUUCAUAUUCUGUAAGGUGCUGUUAUAAGCAGUUUAAGGAUCUUUUAAGUGUAUUUUUAAUAAUGUGUUUCUCAAGAGUCUUUAAUUUUGACGAAAAUAUAGACACAUUGCUAAGUGUCCCUUCUCUUUUAGUCCUGAUAACCCUGGGGUUUUGAAAUGAAACUCUGCAAGUAUCUCCUAAGCACAGGAUUGGGGUUGGCCGGACCAAUAGAAUUUCCUUCUACUUAAAGUCAGGAAUCAGCUGAUUUGUUCUCCAGGCCAGUGGUGUACCUUCAUCUUCCUCCUCCAUGUGCCUUCUCCAGCAUCUGCCAGUUUGCCUGGUCAGUGAGUUAGGAGGGGCGAGGGAGGCUCAUUAAUCCUUUUGGACAAACUGCCCCUCCUGGGAGUUACUUCACACAGGAAUUCCCCUGUUUCAGGCAUAGUUUUACAUACCACCUUAAGUGGAGGACUUCAAUAAUCCUUAGUGGCCAAAAGAGUUAUGCCCAUUUCUAAAAACCUGGCAUAACUUAAGUACCAGGUAUAAUCUCAAACUAAUUCUCCAUAUCCAUUAGUAAGAUUCCUUUUUCAUGCUUGUGCUUUUUAACGUAAAAGGCUUGCUACUGAGAGUGGAAUGGCAAAGUUUCCCCUCAAAUGGCAGUACACUAACCCUAGGUUUAUCUAGCAGUGGGACCAAACGUAUUUCCUAUAAGUGGUUUUCAAGAGAACUAAGGCUUUCCCUCUAAUUAUUUUGAGGAAAACAUCUGUAAAUAUUUGAUAAGCUUUCCUGAGCAAACCUAGCAGUUAAGAGCAUAGGCCUUGGUACCAGGUGAAUCCGGGCUUGAAGACUUCUAACACUGUUUUGGGACCUUUGGAAACUCAAUUAACCCUGAGGCUCAGUUUCUUAUCUGUAGAAAAAGAACAACAGGGGUAUUUACCUCACAGGGUUGUUGUGAGGAUUCACGGAAGUAAUGAAUGCAAAAAGCCAGCCAGUGCCUGGCACAGGUGACGGAGAUGGUUAUAACCGUAGCCGUAUGUCUCAGCACCGUUGACUGUGUCAGCUGUCAAUGCAGGAGGCCCUAGAGGGCCUUGCCCUCACUGAGUAGCCCAGACUGAGGGGCUAUCUUCACUUUCCUGUCUGUCCUUUAGCAUUUCCUGGCUUUUCCCUGCUGAAGGUUGUGAUAGCCUUUUACUGCUGGCAGCCUCCCUUCCUGGAGCAGCCUCUGUGAUCCUGCACCCUCCUUGAAUGUAGGCAACCCUCCCUAGCAGUGUUCUGAGCAACCCAAUGAGUUUGAGAAUUUUGUCUAAAACAAGGAACUUCUAAGUGAGGUCAGAGGGGUUCUUCUGUGAAUGGCAUGCUGAGUUGAAAUUGGAUGGACUCAAAAGACCUAUUUUAGCUAUUUUGGGGCCUUUUGCCGAUAUCUUAUUCAUAACUGUGUUCCCAGCCAGUUGUCAUGAGCUAAAUAAAGAACUACCAAAAAAUUAAGUUCUAACUCUAGCUGGAGAAUAGGCUGUUGAAGGAUUUUCCAAGAUUGUCUCAGUUUGUACAUUUUUACAAAUGUGUGGUGAGUCCUAAGUAGCCAUUCCUCUUUACUUUUCACAUGGAGGAGAUUAUUUGUGCACAAGAAAACCUGGCUAAUGCUUGGAAAACAGUGAAUUUGUUUCAGAUACUGAGAAUUCUUCUGCCUAGAAAAACCCUUCAGGCCCUUAUAUAGUAAUGGGAAUAGAUAAACAUGAAAUAACGCAUGCGAUUGAGAUGCUUUCCCCUGUUGGUGGCCCAAGGAGAAAAUAUUACGAUAAUCAUAUAAAACUAGUCAUUUAAAAAGCAAAAAGCCACCUUGGUUCAACACAGCUGUUUAAUCCAGGCUGUGCAGGCUUAGAUGUGGACUAAUGGACCAGAUGCUUUUGGAAGCACUGGCCCCACAGCUUCUGAAAAGGUUGAUAAUUUGGCUGGCUGGCUGGUCAUUUGAAGGAGGAAGGAAGCACUGCAGCCAACAGCUAUGGCUGGGAACCUACUGUGUCCGAGGACCCAGCUCAGAUCACCACAGGCACUCUCCCUAACCCUUAACCUCAACCUGGCAAAGGUCCGUGUUCCGUUCCUCAUUUUAUAGGGAAGGAAAGUGAGGCUAAGAGAGACUCAGUGAUUGUCUGUGUUUUCUGGCAGCAGAACCACUGCUUGUCCAUUUUGUCUUUUGGGUUCGUUGAUCCAGGCACAGAGCCUGGGUAUAUGAGAAGGAAGGAACUUAAAAGAUUUCUGUGAAACCUUGGGAGUCCUUCAGACUCCACGUAAGAAACAAAUAAACGUAUAGGUGUGUUUAUAAAAUUAUUUCUGGACCUGUGCCAUUGCUAUCCUGCUGCAUCUCUAAUGUUAACUAAAACCCCAACGUAUACAGUUAGAAUGUUGAGUUAUUAUAAAUCACUCUGGAUUCAGAAUUUGCUCAAUGAAGGCCCUAAUAAUACUUAAAACUUUUUACCAGAAUAGAGUUAGCCUUUUUUUCCCCACUAAAGUAUCAAAGGUAUUAGUGUAUCUUGGUCAAAUAAAUGGGCUAUUUAAAAAAAUCUCUGUUUGAGAUCAGUAGACCUAAAUUAUGCUUUCUUUCUUAUCUUGGAUGUUAUGUGAAACUUAAAAACAAGCAAACAAACAAACAAUUUGUGUUACAAGUACUCAUGCAUAUGAAGAACUUUUAUACCUUCAAAUAAAGAAGGGCUGUUUAACAAAGUGAUAGAAAAAUGAACUACUUAAUUCUAUAGCAUCCUUCCUUUUCAGUUCAAAUGAUGGGGCUGGUAGACUUAACCGUAUAUUACAUUCUCACCUUAUCUUGAUUUCAAUAAGACAUUUGAUAUAGUCAUUCUUUUUUUUCUUUUAAUAAAGUCAUUCUUGAUAUGUUUGUAACUAGGAAAGGGAAGUAGAAAUUAGGUUGAAAAAAGGUUGAGAAGUAGAACUUUCAGCUGGUUGAAUAGUCAUACCCAGCACUGUUGAUAGGCAUGUUGGAGUGAGGUCCUCUAACAGUAUCUUUUUAAAAAUAUUUUUAUUAGAAAGUAUAAGAAAAUACAGGAGACAGAAAGUGUUAGGAGGGAUUAGUAUUGGGUGUUAGGAUCGAUAAUGCUCUUUUCAGUGUAAUAAAAUGGCUAAAUGUAAAGUUCCAUAUCUAGGUUCAGAAAAGAUAGUUGCUACAUGAAAGAGAAAGGAAAAAGGAGGGGGAGCACAUUGAUAAUUUGAACAAAAGCCAACCGUUUAAAAAGGCACAGCACCGAGUGUCCGGUGCAUGGGGCUGGUGUCUAGAAAAGAGAGUCUGCCCUGCUACUUCCUUUGUGCUUGGUCGGGUAGGCCAGUAGACUGCUAUAUUUCCCCACCAGCUCCAGUACCCACCCGAAGAAUGACAACUGGGACAGCAGCGCCUCUAGAAGUGACACCAAGAACACGUGAUGGCCCUGAGGCUUUUUGGCCUGUAGGGCCAUCUUAAGAAAGAGUAGAUGCAUGUGCUCGCUCCAUAGAGCCUGACUAAGGCCAAUAGGCAGAAAUCAUGAAGAGACGGGAAUUUGACCAGUUUGAGAACUUUCAGAUAUAACUCCCUCUGAUAAAAAGGGUGCCUUCUCUGGUAUAGCACUCAUUUCUGAAAAUAGAAAAGACCCCUGUGGCUACGGCUGUGUAAGUACAAUAGCGUCAGGAUGCUCUUGUGUUGUGGCAGGAUAUGGGUCAAGAUCUCCAAGUCUCGUUGCAAACAAGAGACUCUGUAAGCAGUUCAGUUAAAAUAAUAUUUGUACUUUAACUUUUAAAUUAUUUUUGAGAAGAGCCUUUGUUCGUGUUAAGCCUGUUCUUCCCCACCUUCCUCUCCUCUCUGCCAAUCACCUGUUCACAGGCUGUAACAGCCACAGUCAUGUUCAAUUCACCAUUUGCCUGUGGGUGUUCUGAAUCUAGCAGAAGUUACAGAAAUAUUUCUAGAGAUUUUCCUAAGACCAUGUUGUCAACCAGAACAGUGAUUCCUGCUAUACAUGCCUCUGUAGACCUAAGAAAGUUGAUGAGUAAAAGUCGAAUUCCUUUAAGCAGGACUUAGGUUGCUGUAAAGAGGGGUCCUGGGCUGAGGGAGAGUUGGAGUGGCUGACCUCUUCCAGCUCCUUCAAAUUCAGGGACCCUGUAGCCCUGUCAGUGGAUUAUUUUAUCAUUCUUUGAGAAGAAUUUCCAAAGGCUCUGAUUCCUCUCAUAGUUUUGUCUUGUCUUCUCCUACAAGAGCACACUGCAGCCUUACCCUCAGCUCCAGAGGAGCAGUACCUUGCCCUGAGGGUCCCUGAGCAUCUCCUUCCUGAUUCCACCUGCUCAGAAACAAGAAAAGCUACGAUCACAAUAAAAUUUAUAAGCUGGGAAGUAUACCUGUCUUAGUUAUCUAGUGCUGCUACAACAGAAAUACCACAAGUAGAUAGGCUUUAAGAAACAGAAAUUUAUUUUCUGACAAGUCUAGGAGGCUCGAAGUCCAAAUUCAGGGCUCCAGCUCCAGGGGAAGGCUUUCUGUCUCUCUGGGCUCUGGGGGAAGGUCCUUGUCAUCAAUCUUCCCUUGAGUCUAGGAGUUUCCCAGUGCAGGGACCCCGAGUCCAAGCAACACACUCCUCUCCUGGCUCUUCUUGCUUGGUAGUUUGAGGUCCCCCUCCUCUCUGCUCAAUUCUUUUAUGUUUCAGAAGAGAUUGACUCAAAAUACAACCUAAUCCUGUAGAUUGAGUCCACUUCAUUAAAAUAAUUGCCUCUAAUCCUGCCUCAUUAACAUCAUAGAGGUUAGAAUUGACAACACAUAGGAGAAUCACAUCAGAUCACAAAAUGGCGAACAACCACACAAUACUAGGAAUCAUGGCCUAGCGAAGUUGACACAUUUUCAGGGGACAGUAUUCAAUACAUGACAAUAUCCCAGUCACACAGAGUUAGUUGUAUUUUUCUUGCUUUUUGUGUGUGUGUUUCCCUCCCCUCUCCUGAGGCCUCUUCACUUUCUAAUAACCUUUUGUUUGAACCAGUGUGGAUUUUCACUGUGGGUUACCCACAGAUACUGCUAGACAGGAUCUUUUUGAGAAAGUAGACCCUUGUAGGGACUUCAGUCAAGGUGGAAGAAGGUUAUUCUGGCAAUCAUGUUCCCAUCAUGCCGUCUAUUCCUUCAUUCUACACUUCCCCCAGUCCGUUUUUUUAAGAGAUUGAAUUAUGUAUUUGGGCAGGGGGGGGGGACCCUUCUGGUUCCGUAAGCCACAUAGUAUCCAAACCAUUCACCUAAAAAAUGUUUGUUGAAAAGGCAUUCUUCUGGGCACUCCUGACGCGGGCCUUUGUAACUCGCACUGUCCACACCACCUGGUGAUGGCUUCAGGAGAACCAGGGGCAUCCCGGGUCUGCCCCCCUUUCAAUGUAGUAGAACCCUGAGAGCCGAGCUUAUCCCCCACUGACCAGCCUGCCUGGGACCCAGCCGCCUCUGUGUCUGCUCCAAGGCCAUCAGGGCUUCUCCCUGAGCCAGGAGAGGGCUCCAGAUGCACCCACCCAAGGCAGGCCACACGUACUACCUCAGCCCCUAGCUGUGGGCACAGCGUGGGCAUCGAGUGGUCAGGCACUUACUGGGGGCCAGGGUAGCUUCUCUCAGCUCACAUGAACCUAUGCUCUGUGUUAUCCCGUCUCCAGAACUACGCUGGGAAGGCCUCCGUGUGGAUUCUGUUCUUUACCGUCCUGGCUGGCUUGCUUUAGAGCAGACAAACGCCAUCUUUUCCUUUUCUCUUAUUUUGCUCUGACUUAAAAGCACUGCAAUCCAGAUUCUGAAUAGGAUCAGCAGUUAGAACAGCUUGUUUACAGUAACGAUAGAGACCACCUCUUUGUAUUUUUUCAAAAGGAAUUUUUGCUUCAAAAGAAACUCCAGAAAAAAACUACUGUUAAUCUAGUAUAUGCUCAUUGAAUUUGACUCUAUGCUUUGUAAAAAAAUCAUGGAGGAUCUGGGACAUGGGACAAAAGGGUGUCAUCAGCUUAAAAAAUAAAAAGCAUUCAAUUGAUGUGGAUGAACAACCUCUUUUCCUAUAUAGGACCUCAAGUUAUAUAUGAAAACAGAGAUCAGUCACAGUCCAUGGGUAACCUUACAUUGGGAAAUGUGUCAAGUGGCCUUCAAUUGAGAAAAGCACAGGCUAUUUAGCAAAGCUUGCUAAUUAAAUAAUCUGGGCUAUUUCUGCUGAUGGGACUCUUCAUCUUUUCUUGAACUCAUUCCUAACACAGCUUUUGCUUGGUGCCUCACUCGCUACCCCUCCAAGUCGUCAGUGAAGUAGUGAUAUUUAUUUUGUUUUGAAUCGUACCAUAAAAACCAUAAUAAAAUAAUUCUGAUUUUCACAGAAAUUCUGAGCAACCAUCACAACCAAUUCUAUGGUGUGCACCCACAGAAUUGGGAGUGACAUAUUCAGCAAAAAAACACCUCACGACCCUACUCAGACCCACUCCAUCCUCACCAGAAACUACUGCAGAAGCACCUCCAGCAGGUUGCAGCAGGUGGCAUUUUACCACUGUGUGUCACUGGUGACAGGCGUCUUUGUAGUUCUUUGUGAGUGAGACCCAUCUGUAGUGUACUGUGAACAUGCGCGUUCGUUUGUUUCCUAUCACUGAUAAUAGAUCUUCUGCUGUGAGAGGGAACUACCAGAAAACUUCCUUAAAACAAGACUGUAAAUUCAGUUGAACUCUCCCAAAGUCAGGGCUGCGCUCCACAGUGGGUCCUGGCCCAGCAGGAUGGCUGGCAUCGCUCCUCUUGGUGCCUGGGUGGUGGUAUUGGGCACUCAGUAUCUGACUCUCACCCUUGUCAAGAACCACUUUUUAGCAGACUGUUCAUUGUGCUGAUGCUUUAGUACCAUAGGAACAAGCAAAUGUAGGAGCCCAGGUGGCACAGUGGUUAAAGUGGUCGUCUACGAACCAAGGGUCAGCGGUUCGAACCACCAGCCGCUUCACGGGAGAAAGAUGUGGCAGUCCGCUUCCAUAAAGAUUUACAGGACAGUAGGUCCUAAUCCAAAAUCCAUCCUGUUAAACACAAAUCUUCUUAAUAAUUAAUAUAGCUAUGUUUUCUGACAUAGUUCAUGUAGAAUAUUAAUUUUUAAAUGUAAACCCUGCAGCUUUUAUUAUCUAGUCAAAUUUCGAAGUGAGAAGCCUAGUUAGACAUAUGUUCAGAUGCAGUUAUAUUGUGCGUGAUAAAAGUAUCCUGAACUUUCAAGAAAGACCCACUACUGAAAAGCAGGGAUUUGCAAUGAAAAAUACAUACACUAAACACAAGACAUACACAAAGUUGAUAUCUGAAGUUUUGAAAGGUUGCAACUUGUAAAACUGUACUCCUCAGAUGUAGGAGGAGAGUAGAGAAUCGUGUUAACGUGUUUUAAAUAAAAUGUCAUGUUUCACAUCCUGUGGUCCAAACGUUUUGUUUUGUGGAGUAAUUUAUAUUUCUUUGCUGGUAUGAAAUUUAGCAAAGUCAGAAGUAAUUUUUAAUUAGUACCUUUCUUACAAAGUUGCUUUAUGGUUUACAAGUAAUACUGAUGCAAAAGGUAUGUUAACUUUCUUGAGUAGCACUCACUUUGUUUACAUGCUUCAGUAUAGUGUGGGCUAACCAUGGGGUGGACCCCUUCUCAUGGGCACAGGGCCUGUGCUUUGGGAACGUACUGCAGUUGUGCUGUUCUCUUGUACUAAGGAUCAGUGGACGUGUUUUAUCUUUUUUAUGUAGUUUGUAUUGACUGGGUUUUAUAACUGUAAGAAAACAGAAACAGAGUGUUGUAUUUUGAUCUGAAAUUUGUGUAUGGUAAAGUAAUUUUGCUUUAUGUAUUGGAAGUUCAUUUAAAACUUGAAAUAUUUUUUAGAAAGGUACUGAACAAAAUGAAUUGUCUUUAAGCUGUUUAAUUAACCUAAUAAAACAAUUUAAUGGGGAAA